UCUGGAGAGGCCGAGAGUGAAGAGAGGGGCAGCCGGGGCGGGGGAAGAGGCGGCAGCCACCGGGCAAACGGGGGCAAACACGAGUGCCGGCGCAGUUGUCUGGUCGCGGGGCGAUGGGAACGGAAUGGUCCUUCGUUCUCCCCGGUACUAGCUUCCAAGUCCGAGUUCCCUCGACGCUCCCUCUGGCUCGCUUCGUUCGCAGGACGACCACGUCGAGCUCUUCUGCUUGAGUCACUCUUUUCACCAUGGCCACCCGACCCAGUCCCUACCCCGCCGCUCUUUCCACCGACCCUGCCUCACGGUCACGACUCCCCGGCGACGACAAGGCCCCGUUCGACGACCUCAUCGACCAGUAUGCUGUCAACUACAAGGCCCACGCCGCGGAACCCGCCCCCUUAGCUGGUGGUCGCGGCGACCGUGAACCCCCGCUCUACGACCUCUCCCACCAAGUCUCCAACUACAGCGACGACUCUUUCAAGGAUGUCAAGACCCUUGAGGGCCACAGAACGGAGCGCCUUGACUGGGAGUACCCACCACCCGCUGUCAAGACCGAGCCAGUCAAGCUGGAGGAGGAGAGUGUCAGUUGGUGGGAAGUAGUGCGGGCAACACUCAUACCCGACUCUCUUGCUUGUCGCCUCUAUCUGAUCACUGUUCUCGUCGAGACGGCAGUCGACCUUGCAAUGGAAGCGGAACUCUACCUCCGCCUUCAAGCGUCGAAACCUCUCGAUAGUACCGAUCAACAGUCGGACAAGAUGCCAGUAUAUUUGAGUAUUUUUGCCUUGGCGCACGUCUUCCAAUUUGGUAUGGCGUUGGACGCCGUUAACGACCGGAACACUUUGCAGUUCAUUGCCCUGACGAUCUUUAACGCCCUCUUCCUCGUAUAUGCCAUCAUCCAGAUUGGAGAAGUCCAAGGCAUCUCCGUUCAGUCAACGUUCGGCGUCUCCAUCCACACAUUUGCGCGCAUCGUUCCCGUCGUCAUCUCCGUUGCUGAGCUUGCCUACAUUGGCCUGGCUUGGAAGAUCUACACAGAGUUCGGUUGGAAAGUGUACAAAUUCCUUGGUGCGGACCGCCGCAUCAAGUCGAUGUACACUUACUACCAGAUCUUCCUGUGUCUGGUGAAGUUCGAUUUGUUCUUUUGGGUGGGCUUCUCGGUCCAGUUCAUCUGGCUCGUCCUGAGCUCGCAUAACGCGGAGUACUAUCUCACCUGCCUCGCAUUCCCACUUUCCAUCCUUGUUCUGAUCGGCGGACACGUUGCUGUCCGUCGCGAGAACAAGUUGAUGAUGUAUACCUUCAUGACCGGCUGUGUCGGUGCACUGGUCUACUUCAUGUACAAGUUGAUCAAGGUUGUGAGACUUCGCAAGACGGCCACUUUCAUUGAUGUCUGGCAGACACUGUCGACGUUCUCCGUCCUCGCGAUCAUUUUAUUGCUCACAACAUUCGUCUUCGCUGGCAUUGUCAUGAACAACUUUGGGCGAGGGUUGGCAAACCGAAUCGAGCACAAGAAGGGCAUGGCACGGCGUGGCAAAUCACAAGACUUGUACCGAGGGCCCAUGAGAGAUCAUCCAAAUCGGAUGAGUAUCGAAUAAGGGCAAUCUCGACUGACUCCAAGGACUUGUAUCGAUGUCAUGUACCAUCUCAUCAUCUUGCGAGUACGCUUCGCGGACAUCGUCUUCAUACUUACAUCUCAUUUGCAUUACCUAGUACCGCAACAUCCGGCCAUUCCUCUACAUACAUUCUGGUGCACCGCUUCUUGAGAGUCCCACCAGCGCCUUACGCCUUGAUCUGUUGUUGCUGGUCUUCAGUCACUGAGGCGUCUCCUUACCUUAGACCUCGUCGCAUACUUUCUCGGCCGUUCUUCUCCUUCGUGGUAUAUACCUUUUACAUUUGUCCCGGAGGUGGUACACGCUGGUACGCUCCUGUAUUACUAGCUCUGGGUAGCCGAGGUUACAGAAGCGAUUUCGUGGUCCUUGAGUGGGAACGAAAGUGCCAGGUGUUUGGUAUGUCUAAGAUCUGAGAUCCCGUGGAUCGAAACACGGCAAACGUGGCG